UGGGGUUUGCUCUCUUCCCGGGGAGCAGGUAUCCUCCCCACCGCAGGAGAACACGCUCGGCCUAUAUAAUGUCUCGGAGCGAGGAUCUUUCUGAACAGAUCACUGCUACGGUGAACUAUCUACAACAACAACUAAACGAUGGCCAUCAUAAUGAGACCGUGGAUCAGCCUCCUCGCCCUCGUGGUGUGCUUGCUCGUGUGUCUGAGCAACUUGGCGGACGCCUACCCGCCAAAACCGGAGAGUCCUGGGAGCAACGCGGCGCCGGAGGACUGGGCCAAAUACCACACGGCGCUCCGACACUACGUCAACCUCAUCACGAGGCAACGGUAUGGGAAGCGAGCCACCCCAGAGCAGGAAGUGGCCAGGCUGCUGUUUGGAGUCAACCCCGACCGAGACACGGAGCCUCGAUCAGAGUACAUUGAUCAAUGGUAGCCCCACCCGCUGACCUCUGACAACACCCUCCCCUGGACUCUGUUCAAUACGACAUUCUUCAGUGUGCAAGGAAAUGUCCUCGCUCUGUCUGGUAUUUUCAUAUUUCCACUCUAUUUCUUUAUCUCUGCCUUCCAUGGACUGGUUUGUCUGUCUUGUUCAUGUUUUCUGAUCAGUUUUGCCAUAAAUUGUAAAUAAUUUGGUAACAAAUUAAUCACUUCAAAAUAAAGUCUGAAAUAAAAACA